GGGGCGAAGGGGCGGAGAGGGUGUUUUCGUUUGGCUGUAACAUGAUACCAGUAACGGGAACACAGCUAUGGGACAGUAGACAUAUCGUUGAUUUCACGCAUUUCGGCGGUAACGCUAUCUGGUUCAGUGCUAGGACGACUAUCAAAAAAGGAUGGGUGGCGCAGAACAAAUGAAUGAAGGCGAAUGAUUUUGGAAAAACUAGCAGCAGCAAUUGACAGAGAAGUUGCGCAGGCUACAUAGCCUAGGGCUAUCAGAAUAGCCUAGUAAACCGUUUUACAUGGAGAUGCAUUCACAUCAACAGCAUCAUGAAUAAGGUGACAUAUGGCGUUUAUGUUUGUGUCGUGUCUACGUUACUACUUUGUCUAAGUUAACACAGUGACACGGCGUUCACAGCAAGAUUUGUAGACGCAUAAAAUAAUUUCAAAGAAUCACUUCAUCGCGGACCUCAGCUUGGAGGAUUGGCCUAUUUUUACGGUAGGGCGGGGGUGAAAAAUCCUGUAGUACGCUAGUAGAAGUUGACCCCUCAGAAUACCGGGAACAUUUUCAGUGGAAUGUAUUGCUCAUUUAACUCAAAUAAAAUGAUGAAUUCGAUGGUCUUUGCUGAGGUUUUGCCAUCUUCGGGUGCCUCUGCGUUCCCAGUAGGAGCGCCAGCCUCUGGUGCUAGGGUGUCGAGUGCCCUACGGAACGAUUUGGGUUCCAAUAUUCAUGCCUUGAAAACCCUUAACCUGCGAUUUCGAUGUUUUCUAGCUAAAGUUCAUGAAUUGGAGCGUAGAAACAAGUUGUUAGAAAAUCAACUACAGCAAGCUUUAGAGCAAUCCCGCUACAGAGCCUACUUUAGCCGAGAACAAGCCACCCAAACGGGCUAUUUGGACUUUUUUCUGACUCGGCCACGGGUACCCGGUACGAUAUGGAGCUUUACCCACACAAGGAGGUUUGGGGACCGAAUCGAGACUAUCCACAGCCCCGGGGUGUCAUGGAUGCAGCCGGAUGGUGUUGGAAUUCAAGUCGACACCGUCACCCCUGAACUGCGAGCCCUUUACAAUGUGUUGGCUAAAGUCAAAAGAGAUAGAGAUGAGUACAGAAAAAAAUGGGAGGAGGAGCUGUCUAAGCGCCAGCAGAUGGAGGCCAUGGUGGAGACACUACAGGAGAGUGCCCAGGAGUCUGAAGUGGUUCAGGGGCAGCUCACUGAGAAGGUGGAGAGACUCAAGACAGAGCUGGUGGUCUUCAAGAGCCUCAUGACUGACAAUGAAAUGUCGGACUUGGACACUGCGAUCCAGAAGAAGGCCAUGAAGGUGGACAUGGACAUCUGCAGACGCAUUGACAUCACGGCCAAGCUUUGUGACGUGGCUCAGCAACGCAACUCAGAAGACAUGAGCAAGAUGUUCAACAUGAGCCCACACAUGAGUCCCUCCAGAGCACCCCCAGAGAGCAAAGGGGCUGCAUCUUGCAGGAGGAAAGAGCGUAAGGCUGUCUACGAGGAGAGGAGUGCUGAGAUUGAAACUGAGUCUGGUGGUGGAGAGGAGGAUGAAGAGGAGGAGAAGGAGCAGGUCGUAGAGUCACUCAACAUCACAGACGAGAUGAAACGCAUGCUCAAUCAGUUAACUUGCUCAGAUGAUAAUUCCUUUGUCACCAGGAGAGAGACGUUUGACUUUGAUGACGACUGUGACAGCCUAACUUGGGAGGAGAAUGAGGAGACACUGCUCCUCUGGGAGGACUUUGCCAACUACAACACCCCCUGUGCUGCAGCCAGUGCUGCUGCAGCAGAAGGACAGGGGGAGGGCCCUGGGCAGGCCUCUCAGGAUGGCAGUUUGGGCAGCCUGAUCGACGAGACCGAGAUGCUUUUCCAGAACCGAGAGAAGGAGUACCAGGAGACCAUGGGUCAAAUAGAGUAUGAGUUGGCUACAGCUAAGAGUGAUAUGAACCGUCACCUACAGGAGUACAUGGAGAUGUGUUCUAUGAAGAGAGGCCUGGAUGUUCAGAUGGAGACCUGCAGGAGACUCAUCAAGGGCUCAGGGGGCACCGGCAGGAACUCUCCAUCGUUCAGCUCGGUAGCGAGCAGCGACUCAGGGAACAGUGAUGAGAUCCAGGAGGAGCUGGAGAAGGACGGAGAGGCAGUAGGAGCUGACCCUUGACCCUCCGGCCCCUGGCUACCCCACCACCUGACCCGGGGAAGGUGAUGGAGGAAAUGCCUUUGUUCCUCAAUGCUGUGGUCCCCCAUUUCUUCAGCAGGUUUCCAGUUGAUCUAAGAGGAGCCCUGUGGAAACUAUUGGUGCUUCACCGGUUUACCCAUAUAGGGAAGAACUUGUAUUCCACAAUAAGGUGCAGUGUUGGUUCCUCCUCACUGAUCCUCAUUGGCCUACCACUGAUCAGAGCGGUCACUCCUACUAAACACAAGUAUCUCCACACACACUCAACUUACUGUACGCCUAUGGUCAUUUUACUGUGUAUUCACCCCAGUAUUCAUCCUAACCAUGUUAAGAUCAAGGAAACCGGACAUAUUCAGCCAUUAGUGAUCUAGCAAAACAUUCAGUGGUCCGUAUGAUAUAUUUAAGCAAUAAGGCCCGAGGGGAUGUGGUGUUUGGCCAAUUUACAGUUAAGGGCUGUUCUUAUGCACUACACAACGUGGAGUUCCUGGAUACAGCCCUUAGCCGUGGUAUAUUGGCCAUAUACCACAAACCCCCGAGGUGCCUUAUUGCUAUUAUAAACUGGUGACCAACGUAAUUAGAAGAGUAAAAAUAAAUGUGUUGUCAUACCCGUGGUAUACGGGCUGAUAUACCACGACUUUCAGACAAUCAGCAUUCAGGGCUCGAACCACCCAGUUUAUAAUUCAAAAUAAGGGCUAGGUUCUAUCAGAUCCACGCUAGCCGACAUCUGCAUAGCAGUUGUUUUGGCGGUGCUUGAGGUGGCACUGCAUUAGAACUGUCAAAUCCACAAGCGGCUCCAAGCAUUAUACCUAAAGUAGACAUCACCAUUAGCUGCAGAGAGUCGCAUGGACAAAAAUCCCAUGCAGCGUUGUUUACAAAUUGGAACACUGAACCGUGAGAUGUAAUCUACACCUGGAUUAGGCUGAUAGAAAUCCUCAUUAUUCAGUUUAAUGAUUUUCAAUUUGAGCAUCAUUAUUUCUACAUCCAGUUGAAGUCAGAAGUUUACAUACACUUAGGUUGGCGUCAUUCAAACUCGUUUUUCAACCACUCCACAAAUUUCUUGUUAACAAACUAUAGUUUUGGCAAGUCGGUUAGGACAUCUACUUUGUG